CCUCGCCGCGCCGGGGCCGCCGCGGCCGCCGCCCGCCCCCAUGGACAGGAACUACCCGGCCGCCGGCUUCGGGGACCCGCUGGCCGCCGGCCCCGGCUGGACCUACGAGCGCUCCGCCAAGGCCAGCCUGGUGUACGGGGGCUCGCGCGGGGCCCACCCGGACGCCGACCUGCUGCACCGGCAGCCCUACGGCGCCCCGCACCCGCUCCAGGGCUAUGCCGCCAACCACCACCCCCCAGGGCUGUCGGGGCUCUUCGAGACGGGGCUGCACCACGCGGGCGGCGCCGCCCCCGACGCCUCCGUCAUGAACCUCAUCUCGGCGCUGGAGUCGCGGGCGCCGCAGCCGGGGCCUUCGGCCUCCUCCCUCCUCUCCCAGUUCCGCACCCCCUCCUGGCAGACUGCCAUGCACACGCCGGCGCCGGCCGAGCUCUUCAUCUCGGGCGCCCUGCCGGGCUCGGGCACCUUCCCGUCGUCGUCGGCGCUGAGCGCCUACCAGCACCCGGCGUCGUUCAGCGGGCGCAGCUUCCCGGUGAGCUCCUCGCUGAGCCUGCAAGACGCGGCCUUCAGCCCCAGCUCCAACGGGCUGCUGUCGCCGCACGAGCCGCUGCUGCACAUCAAGCCGUCGCAGCCCAGCGUGCCGGCCUCGCUGAGCUUCGAGCGCCUCGGCGGCGCCGUGCUGGGCCCGGGGCUGCCCGGGGCGCAGAGCUCGGCCUACCGCAGCGCCCAGGAAUCCGCCUCGCGUCACCUGCCCUCCCAGUUCAACCUGCUGCCCUCGGCGCUGGCGGCGCCCGCCGAGCAGCCCCCGCCGCCGCCGCCGCCGCCGCAGCUCUACAACGCGGCCGUCUUCGGCGGCGGCGGCGGCGGCGAGCGCGCCGUGCCGCGCCAGGACAGCGUCAUCAAGCACUACCAGCGGCCCGCCGGCGCCCAGGCCGGGCUGCCGCCCGCCGCCCACUCGCUGCAGCACUACCUGAGCUGCGGCGGUGCCUACCAGCAAAUGCCGCCGCGCGCCGCCGCCGCCGCCGGCCUGGCCUGCAGCCCCCUCGGCGAGCCCUCGCCCGCCGCCUCCGAGGGCUCCCAGCCGCCGCCCAAGGCGGCCCCGGCGGCGCGGCAGGACGCCCCGGCGCCCGGCUACCGGCCCAUCAUCCAGUCGCCCGCUUACUCCGCCGGCGCCGCCGCCGCUGCCGCCUCGUCCUCCAAGUCCAAGAGCUACUCGGCCUCGCGGCAGCCGCCCCGCUCCACCGCCACCCCCAAGUGCCAAAGCAGCUACACGCCGUCGACGCCCAAGGCCAGCUCCGUCAUCGCCAGCCAGUCGCCGGCCUACUCGCCGGGGCAGCCGCAGGGCCUGCUGGCCAUGGGGCAGGCGGGCGGCUACGGCGGCAGCCAGCCCCCGAGCCUCUCGGCCGUGAGCCAGGCCUCGCAGGGCUUCGGCGGCGGCGGCGGCGGCGGCGGCGGCGGCGGCGGGGCCGCCUCCGAGCUGGGCGGCGGCGGCGGCAAGGCGCAGAGCUACCCGGCGGGCCAAGCGGCGCCGAGCCAGGGCGGGCAGAGCGGGCCGGGCCUGCAGCCCUGCGCCAGCCAGAGCUACUCGCCCGAGCAGCUGCAGGCGCUGCCCUACGGCGUGCAGGCCGAGGCGGGCGGCCCCGGGGGCUACGGGCCGCCCCACUCGCAGGGCUUGCCCACCGCCAGCCCCUCGCUGAGCUACAGCACCGGGCACUCGCCGGCCAUGCCGGCGCACGGGCAGGGCCUGCCCUACGCCCACGGGCAGCCGCUGGGCGACUCCAGCCCCUCGCAGAUCAUCCGGCCGCUGCAGUCGCCGCCGGGCGCCCGGCCGCAGAGCGGGGCCUCGCCGGGCCAGUCGCAGAAGUACCUGAGCUCGGUGCUGUCGCCCUCCUUCAUGGCGCCGGCGCAGGGCUACGGCGCGGCGCCCGCCGCCCUGGAGCGCGGCCCGGCCUACGGCAAGGCCAAGGGCGAGGCGGAGCUGCUGGGCGCCGAGCGCAGCGAGGACGAGGACUUCCUCAUCCAGCACCUGCUGCAGGCGCCCAGCCCGCCGCGGGGCCCCGGCGAGGCGCUGGCGGCCUGCGAGGAGCGCGGCCCCAAGGCGCUGGCGGCCUACGGCGGCCUGGCCAAGGCCGAGGAGCGCUACCAGCUGCAGAGCGUCAUCCGGCCCAACUCCAACCUGGAGGGCCCGGCGCUGGAGCUCUCGCUGCUCAAGGAGAAGAAGAAGGCGGAGCGGCCCAAGGACUACGCGCACGCCCGCGCCACCCCGGAGGCCCUGGCCACCUCGGUGGUGCACUACGGCCACCAAGCCGGCGCCCUCGACUCCUACGCGCCGGAGCUCAAGAAGGUGGAGCACCUGCCCGGCGCCCACCUGGACGCCGGCGGCAAGGAGCUGCCGCAGCCGCACGCCUACUUGCAGAAGACGCCCGAGCACGCCGCGCUGGAGCCCCACGGGCUGCUGCUGGAGCCGGCGCCCGAGCUGCCGCCGCUGGCCCUGCCGCCGGCCCCGGGUGCCGCCGCCGCCGCCGCCGCCGCCGCGGCCGGGGGGGCCCCGCUGCUGCCGUCGGUGCUGACGCACACGCAGAGCCAGCUGCACGGGCGCGGCAAGGCGCGGGCGCCGCUGGACGUGCACUUGCUGGAGCCGCCGCGGCUGCCGCCCGCCGCCGCCUCGCCGCAGCUGCAGCUGCAGGCGCUGGAGGCCCAUCUGCAGCAGGCGCACGCCCGGGCCCAGGCGCUGGAGCCGCCGGCCUCGCCGCGCCUGCGGGCCCAGCUGCAGCCCGAGGCGCUGGAGGUGCUGCCGCAGCCCCCGGAGAUGCAGGACUUCCUGGAGCCGCCGCUGGGGCUGGAGCCCCACCUGGGCCAGGGCGGCGGGGUGCCGGCGGCCGCCCACCUGCUGCCGCCGCCGGCCGCCCUGGAGGCCGAGGCCUCGCAGCGGGUGCCGCCGGCGCCGCUGGAGCCCAAGGAGCACCCGUUCGAGGGCGGCAGCCCGGCGGGCGCCAAGCAGCGCUUCGUGCCCCUCACCUCCAUCUGCUUCCCGGACUCGCUGCUGCAGGACGAGGACCGCAGCUUCUUCCCCGGCAUGGAGGACAUGUUCGGGCCGCCGCCCUGCGGCCCCGACGACUUCGCCAAGGGCGCCGAGGACGAGGCGCCGGGCCUGGAGCGCCCCGAGGGCCUCAAGGCGCCCGCUUACGACAUGCUGCCGCCGGGCCAGAGCUACCCGGGCUUCUGCGGCGGCGGCGGCGGCAGCGGCGGCGGCGGGGGGGGCGGCGGCGGCGGGGGGGGCGGCGAGGGCGAGCAGCACCUGGCGCUGGAGGCCGCCAAGCACGAGCUGCCCUCCACCGUCAACGCCGAGCCGCUGGGGCUCAUCCAGGGCGGCCACGGCGAGGGGGCCAAGCCGCCGCUGGCCUCGCCGCUCUUCUGCUCCUCCAAGCCCAAGAAGCUGCUCAAGACCUCCUCCUUCCACCUGCUGCGCAAGCGGGAGCCCUUCCCGCCGCCCAAGAAGACCUACGCGCAGGAGUACGAGUUCGAGGACGACGAGGACAAGGCGGACGCCCCCGCCGACAUCCGCCUCAACAGCCGCCGCCUGCCCGACCUGCUGCCCGACCUCAUCUCCAGCUGCCGCGCGCGGCCCAGCCUCAGCCCCAUGGGCGACAUCGACUUCUGCCCCCACCCCGGCGCCCACGAGGGCCCCAAGAAGCGCGGCCGCAAGCCCACCAAGCCCAAGCGCGAGGGGCCCCCCCGGCCCCGCGGCCGCCCCCGCAUCCGGCCCCUGGCCGAGCCCCACGGCCUCCUGGCCCCCGACGGCCCCAAGAAGCCCCGCGGCCGCGGCCGGGGCCGGGGCAAGAAGGGCCCCGAGGACGACGCCGGCGCCCUGGAGCCCCUCAAGCCCCUCAAGAUCAAGCUGGCGGUGGCCAAGGGGGGCGAGGGGCCGCCGGCCGAGGCGGGGGCCCCCCCGGGCGCCCCCCCGGGCGAGGGGCCCCUGGACAGCAGCCAGACGCGGGAGCGCAUCAAGCAGAAGAUCAAGGAGGUGGAGGAGAAGCAGCCGGAGAUGAAGUCGGGCUUCAUGGCCUCCUUCCUCGACUUCCUCAAGUCCGGCAAGCGCCAGCAGCUGCCGCCGGCCGCCACCAGCCCCUCCAAGACGCCCCGGGCCCCCCCCGCGCCCCCCUUCGCCGUGGGGCCCCCCAUGCUGGGGGGGGGCCUGGACGGGGCCGAGGGCGAGGGCCUGGUCAUGGCCUGCCCCAGCCCCUGCAAGCGGCUCGACGAGGAGCUCAAGCGCAACCUGGAGACGCUGCCGUCCUUCUCCUCCGACGAGGAGGACUCGGUCAGCAAGAACCAGGACCUGCAGAAGAGCAUCUCCUCCGCCAUCUCCGCCCUCUACGACCCCGCCGACCGCAAGGACCCCGACCCGGCCGACGCCCCCCCGGCGGAGGAGAAGCCGCCCAGCCCGGCGCCCUCGGAGGGCUCGCAGCCCGAGCCGCCCCCCCCCGCGGUGGCAUCGGCGGCGGCGGCCGUGGCGGCGGCGUCACCCCCCCCCGCGGCGGCCAGGGCCCCCCCCGAGGCGCCGGCGGCCCCCGCCUCGCCCGAGCACGAGGAGCCCGAGGACUCGCGGCCGCUGCACCUGGCCAAGAAGCAGGAGACGGCGGCCGUGUGCGGCGACACCGACGAGGACGAGGCCGAGAGCGGCGGCGAGGGCAUCUUCCGCGAGCGCGACGAGUUCGUGGUGCGCGUCGAGGACAUCCAGGCCCUCAAGCUGGCCCUGCAGACGGGCCGGGAGCCCCCCCCGAUCUGGCGGGUGCAGAAGGCGCUGCUGCAGAAGUUCACCCCCGAGAUCAAGGACGGGCAGCGGCAGUUCUGCGCCACCAGCAACUACCUGGGCUACUUCGGGGACGCCAAGAACCGGUACCAGCGGCUCUACGUGAAGUUCCUGGAGAACAUCAACAAGAAGGACUACGUGCGGGUCUGCUCCCGCAAGCCCUGGCACCGGCCCCUCGCCGCCGUCCGGAGGCAGAGCCAACCCAAAGCCGCCGGCCCCAAGACCCCGGCCCCCCCCCGAGCCGACAAGCCCGACGCCCCCGAGAAGCCCCCCCGCCCCGACAAGCCCCCCCGCCCCGACAAGCCCCCCCGCCCCGAGCGGCCCCCCAAAGCCGAGCGGCCCCCCCGGGGCGACAAGGCCGAGGCCCCGGCCCCCGCGCCGGCCGCGGGGCCCCCCCGGCCCCCCCCGGGCCCCCCCCGGCCCAAGCCCAAGCCCCCCAAGGUGAAGGCCGAGCCCCCCCCCAAGAAGCGGAAAAAGUGGCUCAAGGAGGCGGCGACGUCGUCCGAGUCCGAGUCCAGCCCCGACCCCCAGAGCGAGGAGGAGCGGGUGCCGACGGGGCGGGUGCUGAACACGCGGGCCAUGAAGGAGAUGUACCGCAGCUACGUGGAGAUGCUGGUGAGCACCGCCCUCGACCCCGACAUGAUCCAGGCGCUCGAGGACACCAACGAUGAGCUCUACCUGCCGCCCAUGCGGAAGAUCGACGGCAUCCUCAACGACCACAAGAAGAAGGUCCUCAAGCGGGUGACGCUGAACCCGUCGCUGCAGGAGGCCCUGCACACCUUCCCCCAGCUGCACGCCGAGCCCGGGGAGUCGCUGGUGAAGCUGCGCCCCGGCGGCGAGCCCUACAACCGCAAGACCCUCAGCAAGGUCAAGAGGAGCGUGGGCAAGCCCCAGGAGUUCAAGGUGGAGGUGGAGAAGUCCUUCUUCUACACGCUCUACCACUCGCUGCACCACUACAAGUACCACACCUUCCUGCGCUGCAAGGACGAGACGACGGCCAUCGAGGGCCAGGACGAGGACCUGGGGCAGGAGGAGGUGGUGCAGCAGUGCAUGCGCAACCAGGCCUGGCUCGAGCGCCUCUUCGACUCCUUCAGCGACCUCCUCACGCAGGCCCAGACCAAGUGCGCGUGACCCGGGGACGGGGACGGGGACGUCCCCCGCGCGGGGACCCCCCGGGGACCUCCCCCGGCACGGGGACCCCCCCGCCGCGGGGACGGCCGCCGCGACGGAGACGUCCUCCGGGACGGAGACACCCACCGCGACGGGGACACCCCCCGCGACGGGGACAACCCCCGCGACGGGGACACCCUACGGGACAGGGACACUCUCCAGGACGGGGACACCCCAUGGAUGGGGACACCCCGCGGAUGGGGACGUCCUCCAGGACAGAGAUGUUCUCCAGGACGGGGACGCUUCCCGGGAUGGGGACGUUUCCUGGGUUGGGGACGUCCUCCAAGACGGGGACGUUCUCCUGGGACGGGGACGUUUCCUGGGAUGGGGACAUUCUCCUGGGAUGGGGACGUCCUCCAAGACGGGGACGUUCUCCUGGGACGGGGACGUUUCCUGGGAUGGGGACAUUCUCCUGGGUUGGGGACGUCCUCCAAGACGGGGACGUUCUCCUGGGACGGGGACACCCCCAGAUGGGGACACCCCCAGAUGGGGACACCUUCCAGGAUGGGGACGUCCUCCAAGAUGGGGACGUUCUCCCGGGAUGGGGACACCCCCAUCACGGGGCCACCCCCCGGCGUGGGGCCACCCCCCGGGGACAAGGCCACCCCUUCCUGGGCACAGGGACGUCCCCCCCCCCGCCAGAGGUGGGGACACAGCCCUGGGCCCCCCCCAGGCCUUGGGGACCCCCCUACCAGAGACAGGGACCCCCCCCCCAGGGAAGAAACCCCCCCUUGAGGACAACACCCCCAAUUUGGGGACAACACCCCCAAUUUGGGGACAAGGACCCCCCCUCACUUUGAGGACCCCCCCCCCAGGAUUGGGACCCCCCCAUGGGCCUCCCCAGGACCCCAAUUUUGGGGCCCCCCCCCGGGGCAUGGGAGGGAGCAAGGGGCUUCACCCCCCCAAAAAAAGGGGGGCCCCCCCCCCUCCGCCCUCCCCCCGGAGAGCCCUUAUUUAUAUAUAUAUGUAUAAAUGUCUAUUUAGUAGCCUCCGUUCUCCGUCCUGGGGGGGGCCCGGACACCUGGGCCCUCUCCCGGGGGGGUGACGCGCCUGGGUGUUCCCCCCCCCCCCAGGAGGAGCCAGGACUCCGGGGUCCUCGGGGCGAGAAACAGGGUUUUGGGGGUGGGGGGGGGGCACCCGGACUCCUGGGUCCCUUUUCUGCCCCCCCCCCCAACCCGGGACCAGCCCGUCCCCCCCCCACCGGGGUGUCCUGUAUAUAAGUAUUACGGGGGGGGGGGUCCCAAGCCAACGGGGGGGGUCCCCAAAAAGGGGGUGUCUCCUCAAAAAGGGGGUCCCCCAAAAGGAGGGGUCCCCCAAAAGGGGGGUGUCCCCAAAAAGGGGGGGUCCCCCCCCAAAAUAAGGACCAUCAGCCCCCCCACCCCAAAAUCCACCCCCCCCUAUUUAUUGCCAAGUCCCCUCCCCCGGCUGGCUGGAUUUUGGGGGGGGGGGAGGAAAAAAUAAAGGGGGCGGGGGGCACCCUUGGGUGCCCCCCCACCCCGAGCCGCCUACGGGGGGGUAUUUUGGGGGGGGGGGUCGGCGGGGGGGGGGCUUGUACAUAGUGUAUAGGGUCAAAGUCUCUAUGUAUCAUAUCGCAUCGCCGGGGCCCCCCCCGGGGCCGGAUUUGCCCCCCCCCGGCCCCAAAUUUGCCCCCCUCCAUGGGCCGGAUUUACCCCCCCGGCCCCCCCCCCCGUCGCCCUCCUCAGCCUCUCGGUUCUUUUUUCUCGUUUUUUUUUUUAAUUAUUAUAAUUAUUAUUAUAUAUAUUGGGGGGGUUCCCCCCCCCGCGUCACUCCCGCCCCCCCCCCAGCCAUAAAAACGUACCGCCCCCCCCCAUCCCCGAGCCCGGCCCCCAAGCGCCCCCCCCGCCCGGGGUAUUUAUUGGGGGCGGUUGGGGGGCGGGGGGGGGGGGGUCGUGUCGUGCCCCCCCCCGCGCCCCCCCCCCCGUUUUCUACAGUGUAUCGUGUCGGUGUUGGCGGCCGCCGCGGGGUCGCGUCGUGCGUGUGGCCGAGACCUUUUUAUCGUU